GGGGCCUGGGGGCCGGGCGGCUGUUUCCUGUCCUGGUGCAUGGUGGUCGGACGAAGGAAUUGUUGGAAAAUUUUCUCGGAGGCAGAAAAUGUUGUUAGCCCAAAUAAAUCGGGAUUCUCAGGGAAUGACAGAGUUUCCUGGAGGAGGCAUGGAGGCUCAACAUGUUACCUUAUGCCUGACAGAGGCAGUUACUGUGGCAGAUGGUGACAAUUUAGAAAAUAUGGAAGGUGUAAGCUUACAAGCAGUGACACUUGCAGAUGGUUCUACUGCUUACAUACAACACAAUUCUAAAGAUGGAAGACUCAUUGAUGGACAGGUCAUUCAACUGGAAGAUGGUUCUGCUGCCUAUGUUCAACAUGUACCCAUACCUAAAAGUACAGGGGACAGUUUGCGUCUAGAAGAUGGUCAAGCAGUACAGUUAGAAGAUGGAACCACCGCAUUUAUUCACCAUACCUCUAAAGAUAGUUAUGACCAGAGUGCAUUGCAGGCAGUUCAACUAGAAGAUGGCACCACAGCCUACAUCCACCAUGCAGUGCAAGUUCCACAAUCUGACACCAUCUUGGCAAUUCAAGCUGAUGGAACAGUGGCAGGGCUGCAUACUGGGGAUGCAACAAUUGACCCUGACACCAUCAGUGCUUUGGAACAGUAUGCAGCAAAGGUGUCUAUUGAUGGAAGUGAAAGUGUAACAGGUACUGGAAUGAUUGGAGAAAAUGAACAAGAGAAAAAAAUGCAGAUUGUCUUACAAGGGCAUGCAACAAGAGUAACUGCUAAACCUCAACAAAGUGGAGAAAAGGCAUUUCGAUGUCAAUACGAGGGGUGUGGAAAAUUAUACACAACAGCUCAUCAUCUUAAGGUCCAUGAGAGGUCACACACAGGAGACCGGCCUUAUCAGUGUGAGCAUGCAGGCUGUGGGAAAGCAUUUGCAACAGGUUAUGGAUUAAAAAGUCAUUUUAGAACUCAUACUGGAGAAAAGCCAUAUCGAUGUUCAGAAGAUAAUUGUACUAAAUCUUUCAAAACUUCAGGAGAUCUACAGAAACAUAUCAGAACCCAUACAGGAGAAAGGCCCUUUAAGUGUCCCAUUGAAGGCUGUGGUCGGUCCUUUACAACAUCAAAUAUCAGGAAAGUGCACAUUAGGACACACACAGGAGAAAGACCCUAUUACUGCACAGAACCAGGAUGUGGAAGGGCAUUUGCCAGUGCAACCAAUUAUAAAAACCAUGUGCGGAUACACACAGGAGAAAAGCCAUAUGUUUGUACAGUUCCUGGGUGUGACAAAAGGUUUACAGAAUAUUCCAGUUUGUAUAAACACCAUGUUGUUCACACUCACUCCAAACCAUACAACUGUAACCACUGUGGGAAGACAUACAAACAGAUCUCCACGCUGGCCAUGCACAAACGGACAGCCCACAAUGACACAGAGCCCAUCGAGGAGGAGCAGGAAGCCUUCUUUGAGCCUCCUCCAGGUCAAGGUGAAGAUGUUCUUAAAGGGUCCCAGAUCACAUAUGUUACAGGCGUUGAAGGGGAUGAUGUUGUAUCUACACAAGUAGCCACAGUAACUCAGUCUGGUUUGAGUCAGCAAGUUACACUCAUAUCCCAGGAUGGGACUCAACAUGUCAAUAUAUCUCAGGCUGACAUGCAGGCCAUUGGCAACACCAUCACAAUGGUAACACAGGAUGGCACGCCUAUCACAGUGCCUACUCAUGACGCAGUCAUCUCCUCAGCAGGAACACACUCUGUUGCUAUGGUCACUGCUGAGGGCACAGAAGGACAACAGGUUGCGAUUGUGGCUCAAGACCUGGCAGCAUUCCACACUGCAUCAUCAGAAAUGGGGCACCAGCAGCAUAGCCAUCACUUAGUAACCACAGAAACCAGACCUCUAACCUUAGUGGCAACAUCCAAUGGCACCCAGAUUGCAGUUCAGCUUGGAGAACAGCCAUCUCUGGAAGAAGCCAUUAGAAUAGCAUCUAGGAUCCAACAAGGAGAAACACCAGGGUUGGAUGAUUAAUCCUCAGAACAAUGGAGCAAUAAAGCAGGAGCCUUUCAUCUUCUGGCAGCAGAAAUCCCUGAAGCCGGGGCCCAGGAAAACCAGAAGUUCCAUUCCCGAUACACUGUACACAUUUUAAUGCAAGAGUGGAGAACAUUUUAUUCUUGACACUUUUGUGUAUAUAACCCCUGGAAUAAGUUCCCAAAGUGAUUGUGUACAAGCCUGAAAUUAGGGCAAUACAGUACAUUUUCAUGUUACUCUUUUAUCAGAUUGCAAUCUACUCGCAAGACCACUGAAGUCUUAAUGGAGUCUUAUGAUGGAUUUUUAACUUACUGUGAAAAAGAGAAUAAAGGCUGUAACGAAAACUGUUGAAGGUUCUAGAUGUCAAACAAUCAAAACUCCAAAAGCCAUCAUGGACAAUAAAGGUGUGAAGCCUUCAGAUAUUUCCCCUGUUAGUAGAGUGUCUGCAGUUUUUGUUCUGUUAUAUAUUGUCCAUUUUUAUUUGUUUCAUGGUUUGAAGACUGUACAUUUCCUGUUUCCCUUUCCUGUUACAUACCAACUUUUCAAUUUGUAAUGCACUAGCAUUACAUUGGAUUAUGUAUAAAAUUAUAAAGUUUGGUUAUUUAAAAUUAAAACAUUAAAUCCAGUGUUUGGGUUUUGUUAAA